AUGAUGUCUCGGCAGAGCUAUGUAGUAGCUGACACAUUCUCUGCUGAAGGUGCUAGAUUACUGGAUCAAUGGUAUGUUGGCUGUGAUGCCAAUUAUAUUGUAUGCGAAGGACCUUCUAUUCGAAAAUCUCUUGGGCACUCAAGUAAUCUUGUUACACCAGCAUGGGUUAUGAAGUCUGCAAAGGAAAUUCGUGUGCAGAGGCUUGUACAUUUAUCUGCAGAUUUGGCUAGGCAAACUGGAGCUUUGCUUGACAAGAUAGAAAAUGUAACCUUUAAGGAGGUCUUUGUAACAGUUGAUAAGCCUGUAACUUUAAGUCAUGAGUUUUACAGACAGAAAAUUUUAUUAGCAUUUACAACUGGGUUCACCGAAUUCUCUUCAAUCGGAUCAUCCGCCGAUGCCGAUGCCGUCUCCUUCUCGGCCAUCACCACGUCCUCUUCUCCAGCACUUGGAAUCUGGGGUUUAUCUGAAUUAUUGUUCUUAGCAGCUGAAGAAGGAGAAACUUCGAGGGCAGGAGAGGAUUACUCUUCAGAGUUGUUGGCACCAGUGAUUGAUGAAAGGCAAAAUAUUGCUAGUCUGGCUAAAGAUGGUGUCAGAAAGCUCCGGAAUCGCCAUAUGCAGACAUGUAAAACUCCAACACGUCCAAUAACCCCAAGCAGCCUUUUGGGUGCCCUCUGCUGGUCAAUAUCUCAGCCAACUUCAUCUGCUUCUAUUUAUACAAAUUCUUCAGGUGUUGAGAAUGCCGUUAAAAAUCAGACAUGUGAGUUCUUUGGGACAAAAGAGGACGUAAGGGAAUCAGAGACUUCAUUCGUGAACUUAUCCCGACCCCUUACAGAAAGGUCAUUUGAACUCUAA